AUGUUAGGUUUCAAUAAAGAAAAUAACUCUCAGGUAAUUCCUUCGAUUGGAUUACCAGAUGAUUUGUUUGAAGAAAGCAUUAGCCCUUGGAGAUUUUCUCUUAUUGGAAGAUUGAAUUUACAACAAACUAAAUUUGUUGAUGCUGCUGUUAUUCUUCGUCAACAAUGGAAAUUGACAGGUGAUUGUAAACUCAUUCCAUUAGGAAGAGGUUUCUUUACAAUUAAGUUGGAUAGCGAAACAGAUCGUCAAUAUAUCAAGGAAGUCAAAUGGGAAGUUCUUAAUCAGAUUCUACAAAUAAGAAAAUGGAUCUCUAAUUUUCGUCCAAAAAGUCAGAAAAAUUCUAAAGCUAUGGUAUGGGUUAGAUUACCAGGUCUGGGUCUUGAAUUUUGGAGUGAAAAGAUUCUGUUUAAGAUUUGCAAGAAAAUUGGUACACCAAUCAAAUUAGAUGAAGCUACCGCUAAAUUUGAGGUUGGGUAUUAUGCAAAUGUUCUUGUUGAAGUGGAUUUUGCAAAUACUAUCCCUAACAAAGUUUGGAUUGACACUAAGUAUGGUGAAUGUAGAGUUGAGAAGAACAAGUUACAACAAGCAAGUAAUGCUCAGGUCAAUAAUACUAGCAAGUCUACAUCAACUCCUGUUCAGCACCAAAUUCCCAAAACUAAUUAUGCUCAUAUUACAUUUGAUAUUUGUGACAGAUCAGAGAUUGAGAAAAAUAUUGCCAAUAUUGAAAAAAGGCAAAGUACUCAAAGCCUUAAAGAAGAUGCAGUUGUUUCCAAUAUAGUCACACCAAUAAAUUUUCAGGUUGCUAGUAGUUUGGCUUCAGCAAACAUAAACAGUGGGAGAUUCAAUGCCCUCAACCAAGAGGAAUUAAAAGAAGAUGAUGUGAUUAGUGUUGAUGAAGAAAUCUUAGCAGAAAUGGAGCCUCAAAAACAGAUUCAUAUUACAGAAGAUACUGAAGUGGAUAGUAUUGUCAAAUUUGGAAAUGCAGUUUCUAAUAUAACUUAUACUAAAGGAAAGCACAAAAAUCAGAAUAUGGAGGUUGGAAAAACUGAUCAAGUAAGUGGAGUGGUAAACUUGCUUAAUAUAGAUGAAGCAAAUAGCUUACAAAAUAGUACUGUCAAUUUUGUUAAUGGUUCAAAUGGUAAAGUUAAUAAUGAAGCAGUAAAAAUUACAUCCUGGGCAAAGGUGGUAGAAAAAGAAACUUCAACUUCUUCUUCAGUCAGUCCAAGAAAAAAUGUUAAAGUGGUAAAACAAGUUCCAGUCAGCAAUAAGUUUAACUUCAGAAAGAACCAGGGAAUAGAAAGAAUGAUUAUUCAUAAUUCUACUUCAAAUAAUAAAGGUAAUAUCUGGAUUUUCUGGAAUAAAAAUCUUACUCAACCUACAGUUAUAUCAAUGUCAAGUCAAAUGGUAACUGUUGGUGUUGGUGAUUUUAAUGCUAUAUUAUCUCCAGAUGAAAAAAUGGAUGGAAGGUCCCCUAACAGAAACUCAAUGUUGGAAUUUAGUGAUUGUCUGAAUAAAUGUGAACUUCUUCAAGCUCCAAAAACAGGUAUGCAAUUCUCUUAUUCUAACUGCCAGCAAGGAAAGAAGAGAAUACUCUGUACACUUGAUAGAGUAGUUUUCAAUCAAAAAUGGCUGCAGAUUUAUGGUGAUUGGGGGUACAAAGUAGGACUGAGAUUUGUUUCAGAUCACUCUCCAUUAUUAGGUGGCUGUGCCAGCAUUCCAAAACCCAACAAUGUACCUAGAAAAUUUCAGAAAAUGUGGAUCAGCCAUCCAGAAUUUUUGUCAGUAGUGAAAGAAAGUUGGUCAAAUGUGAUUGUAGGUGAUCCUGCAUUCAUCUUUAUGCAGAAAAUAAAAGAGCUGAAAAGAGUAUUAAAUGACUGGAACUGGAGAGUUUUUGGAAAUGUGCAUGUGAAACUCAAAGAAGCUGAAGAGAAAGUCUUGGAGGCUAUGAAAGUAUCUGAUAAUAAUCCCUAUGACUCUGAAGCAUUGGAUGAGUUAGUUAAGGCACAAAAUGAACAUGCCAACAAAGAGUUUGAAGCACAAAGUGUCAAUAUUAAAGAAGAAUUACUAGAAGUUGUUCCUCAACUUAUCACUGAAGAAGAUCAAAGUUUUUUGGAUGCCAUUCCUAGUGCAGAGGAAAUAAAAGCUAUAGUGUUUGAUAUGGAUCCUGAAAGUGCUCCAGGUCCAGAUGGCUUCUCUGGAAUUUUCUAUAGAAGCUGUUGGGAGAUAAUACAAGAUGAUCUAUUGGCUGCAAUUCAAGGAGGAAAUGUGGGAUUAAAAUUGGAUAUUUCUCAAGCUUAUGGUUCUGUAAGCUGGGAAUUCCUCAUGAAAGUAUUGAUGAAAUAUGGUUUCUCUUCCUCUUGGUGUGACUGGUUAAUAACUCUAUUUCAAUCUGCAAGAAUUUCAGUGAUGGUGAAUGGUGGUCCAUGUGGAUUUUUUCCAGUUAGUAGGGGGUUAAGGCAGGGAGAUCCAUUAUCUCCAAUUCUACUUGUUCUAAUGGAAGAUGUGCUGAGCAGAAAUAUUUCUAAUAUGAUAUCCAAUGGCAAAAUUCAACCUAUGGUGGUAAAAAAUGGCAUACAUCCCACUCAUUUAUUUUUUGCAGAUGAUGUGUUCAUAUUCUGCAAUGGAUCCAAAAGAAGUUUGGAGAACUUAUUGACUUUAUUAGAUGAUUAUAAAGUCAGUUCAGGGAAAAAUAUCAACAAAAACAAAAGUAAGUGUUUUGUGGAUGGAGCUUCAACUGCAAGGAAACAACGGAAAAGUGAGAUAGUUAACAUGGAGCUGUCUUAUUUCCCAGAUAAGUAUUUGGGUGUCAUUUUAGCUCCAGGAAGAAUUACUUCAGCAAUGGUGUGGCCCAUGGUAGAGCAGAUUCAAAGAAAAUUAGCUGCCUGA